AGCGAGAGGAUGCUGGCGGGGGGCGCGAGGAGCAUGCCCAGCCCCCUCCUGGCCUGCUGGCAGCCCAUCCUCCUGCUGGUGCUGGGCUCGGUGCUGUCAGGCUCGGCCACAGGCUGCCCGCCCCGCUGCGAGUGCUCCGCCCAGGACCGCGCCGUGCUCUGUCACCGCAAGCGCUUUGUGGCGGUACCCGAGGGCAUCCCCACGGAGACCCGCCUGCUGGACCUGGGCAAGAAUCGCAUCAAAACGCUCAACCAGGACGAGUUUGCCAGCUUCCCACACCUGGAGGAGCUGGAGCUCAAUGAGAACAUCGUGAGCGCCGUGGAGCCCGGCGCCUUCAACAACCUCUUCAACCUCCGGACGCUGGGGCUCCGCAGCAACCGUCUGAAACUCAUCCCCCUGGGCGUCUUCACCGGCCUCAGUAACCUGACCAAGCUGGACAUCAGCGAGAACAAGAUCGUCAUCCUGCUGGACUACAUGUUCCAGGACCUGUACAACCUCAAGUCGCUGGAGGUCGGCGACAACGACCUCGUCUACAUCUCCCACCGAGCCUUCAGCGGCCUCAACAGCCUGGAGCAGCUGACGCUGGAGAAAUGCAACCUGACCUCCAUCCCCACCGAGGCGCUGUCCCACCUGCACGGUCUCAUCGUCCUGCGGCUCCGGCACCUCAACAUCAACGCCAUCCGGGACUAUUCCUUCAAGAGGUUGUACCGGCUCAAGGUCUUGGAGAUCUCUCACUGGCCCUACUUGGACACCAUGACUCCCAACUGUCUCUACGGCCUCAACCUGACGUCCCUGUCCAUCACACACUGCAACCUGACCGCUGUGCCCUACCUGGCCGUGCGCCACCUGGUCUAUCUCCGCUUCCUCAACCUCUCCUACAACCCCAUCAGCACCAUUGAGGGCUCCAUGUUGCAUGAGCUGCUAAGGCUGCAGGAGAUCCAGCUGGUGGGUGGGCAGCUGGCCGUGGUGGAGCCCUACGCCUUCCGGGGCCUCAACCACCUGCGCGUGCUCAACGUCUCCGGCAACCAGCUGACCACGCUGGAGGAGUCGGCCUUCCACUCGGUGGGCAACCUGGAGACGCUCAUCCUGGACUCCAACCCGCUGGCCUGCGACUGCCGGCUCUUGUGGGUGUUCCGGCGCCGCUGGCGGCUCAACUUCAACCGGCAGCAGCCCACGUGCGCCACACCCGAGUUCGUCCAGGGCAAGGAGUUCAAGGACUUCCCUGACGUUCUCCUGCCCAACUACUUCACCUGCCGCCGCGCCCGCAUCCGGGACCGCAAGGCCCAGCAGGUGUUUGUGGACGAGGGCCACACGGUGCAGUUCGUGUGCCGGGCAGAUGGCGACCCGCCGCCCGCCAUCCUCUGGCUCUCGCCCCGCAAGCACCUGGUCUCGGCCAAGAGCAACGGGCGGCUCACGGUCUUCCCCGACGGCACGCUGGAGGUGCGCUACGCCCAGGUACAGGACAACGGGACGUACCUGUGCAUCGCGGCCAACGCGGGUGGCAACGACUCCAUGCCCGCCCACCUGCAUGUGCGCAGCUACUCGCCCGACUGGCCCCAUCAGCCCAACAAGACCUUCGCCUUCAUCUCCAACCAGCCGGGCGAGGGAGAGGCCAACAGCACCCGCGCCACCGUGCCUUUCCCCUUCGACAUCAAGACCCUCAUCAUCGCCACCACCAUGGGCUUCAUCUCUUUCCUGGGCGUCGUCCUCUUCUGCCUGGUGCUGCUGUUUCUCUGGAGCCGGGGCAAGGGCAACACGAAGCACAACAUCGAGAUUGAGUAUGUGCCCCGCAAGUCGGACGCAGGCAUCAGCUCCGCCGACGCACCUCGCAAGUUCAAUAUGAAGAUGAUAUGAGGACGGGGCGGGGGGCAGGGACCCCCGGGUGUGCCGGGCAGGGG